AGAAAAUGGCACAGUGUUUGUCAUGCCUGAGACCCCACAUAACAGUUGGGUGUACCUGAAGGGUACUGAUCCUGACACCACCACGCUAGGGUCCAUGUCAGAUCUGCAGGAUGGGGACAUCACAACACUGGAGUCCAGCAGUGAGGACACACUCAGCAGGGAUCUGGAAAGAGUUUCCCUAGGCUCACUGGGAAAAUGGACCUGGGAUAUCCAUUCCAUCAUCCUAGACCUUUCACCAGCCAACUUCAUUGACACUGUGGCCAUCAAGACUCUGAGAAACAUAUUCCAUGACUUUGGAGAAAUUGAUGUCUAUAUCUGCAUUGCAGGCUGUCAAGUUCUAGUGGUGGAGCAGCUGGAGCAAGGUGGCUUUUUUAGUGACAUUUCCAAAGAGCAUCUCUUUACUACAGUGCAUGAUGCAGUACUGUACUGCCUCAAGCACCAUAGUGCAGCAACUCUGCCGAGCUACGAAACACCAGUGGUGAGCUUUCCAUGCAUACACACACGUAUUUACAGAGCGAGACCUAGACCGACCGAGACAGACAGGGAGAGAGACAGAAACCGAGACAGACAGGGAGAGAGACAGAGAGGGAGAGAGACAGGGAGAGAGACAGGGAGAGAGACAGACAGGGAGAGAGACAGACAGGGAGAGAGACAGAAACCGAGACAGACAGGGAGAGAGACAGAAACCGAGACAGACAGGGAGAGAGACAGAGAGGGAGAGAGACAGAGAGGGAGAGAGACAGGGAGAGAGACAGACAGGGAGAGAGACAGACAGGGAGAGAGACAGAAACCGAGACAGACAGGGAGAGAGACAGAAACCGAGACAGACAGGGAGAGAGACAGAGAGGGAGAGAGACAGGGAGAGAGACAGGGAGAGAGACAGGGAGAGAGACAGACAGGGAGAGAGACAGAGACCGAGACAGACAGGGAGAGAGACAGAAACCGAGACAGACAGGGAGAGGACGGAUGGAUUGACAUUAAAUCUAAUCCCCACCAGUGGGGGAAGUGA